AUGGUUUUUGUGAUCACGACGUUUUCUGCAUGUACUGAUUCUAUUCCUCCUGAACCUCACUGGAAAAAAGAAAAAGACGUGCGAUUUGCUCCAGAUGUGCAACAGGCCGAAAAACCGUCCACUAGUCAGCAGAAAGCACCUUCUGCCAGUUCGUCAAAAGCAGAGCAGGAAGAGGAAGACAUUCUUCCAAUCAAACCACUCAAUGAAGAGGACGAGCUGUUACGACUCAAAAUGCAGAUUCUCAUCUCUAAUUUUUCUCAAGAACAACUCAAUAGAUACGAGAUGUAUAGAAGAUCUUCUUUCCCGAAAUCGACUAUACGUCGGCUUAUACAUCAAUUUACUGGCGCUAAUGUUGGGCAGAACGUCGUCAUUGCUGUUGCAGGACUUGCAAAGGUUUUCGCUUGUGAACUGGUCGAGGAGGCGUUGGAUAUUCAAGCGAAGAUGGGUGGGCCGGAAGAACCACUGAAACCAAACCAUCUCCGUCUCGCCUAUUAUUCCCUCGAGCGUCAAGGGAAGAUCUUUCCUCAGAAUAGUCACCGGCGGAAUCCUUUCAUGUGA